CUGUUCUGUUCACAGAUUCUCAGUAUGGGGAAACAUAAAAAAAUACAUCUAUCGGCUCCAGUUCUGCCUCAUGUAUUUAAAGCACUUGAAAGGGCUGACAUGGUUGCUUUAUCACAGUGCAAAGAAGAAGAAAUAAGGCCCAUUUUGCCAUGUUUAGUGCGUAUGAGUCUCAUUGCUCCAAUCGAGAAUACCAUGGAAUCAACGGCUGCAAGAAAAGCGAUCCUUAAAAUAUUAUCUGGCAUUGAAACUGUUAAUGCGAUGGUGGCGCUGCUAUCAGUUGAUUUCCCCACUCUAGAAUCUGAUUUCAAGAAGGAACAACAAUUACGGCAAAAAGCUGGAGGGCUAAAUUCUGGAGGUGCUCAGGAAGGCAGUAUUCUUGUUCAAAAUCUCAUCAAUGGCCUAGCCUUAGAGUUUGAGUGUUCUGAACCACUCAAGAGACUACGCCUACUCCUUUCUGAAAUUAUCUAUGUAAUGGCACAGUUGAAAGAGCCUCGGCCAGCUCAUGAAUGGUAUCACAAGGAGUGCGAGCUGUUUGACAAUCAAUGCUACUUUGAAGAAGUUGCAGAUAUCUUGAGCAUUGGAGUGUCAGAACUUCCAGGCCUGCUCAGUCCUGGAGAGCUUGCAGAAACUCUGCUGCAUUUUAGUAAUGCUCCUCACCUUAUUGCCAGAAUUGUGGCAAACCAGCCUGACUACUUUAAAGAAGUUUUAAGCAGCAUCAUUAUUAAUGGAGAGGCUCAAGAUGAGGACACAGAGGGUGGCCUGAUGAGGCAGCGCACAGUCAGAACUCUAUGUCUCAUGAACCCCAGCAUGGCUCUGUAUGCAAGGCAUCUUUGUGUGGAGCUGUACAGAAUGCCAGGUUUGGCUUUAUACCUGACUCUUGAUGCUGCUAAAAACGCAUUCUCCUCCCCCAACAGUGAUGGUUCGUUGUGCUGUGAAGGCACUGACGUAGGAGACGUUGUGAGCUUCGUGUCAGGGCUCCUGCUUUCUCCAGAUCAGCACCAGCGAGCCUGGUUUGCUGCAUACGUCAAGUCUGCUCAUAAGCGUGCCUGGGACGAGCCAUGCGGACUAUCUUCCCUGCGCUGUGAGCUGAGCGAGCGGCUGUGCGCGCUGCUGCUGUUCCGCACCACGCAUCUCCUGCCUGCCUCUCAAGUCAUCCCAGCCACCGCCCUCCUCAGACUCUACACCGCACUCAAGAACUUGCCUGGUCUCAAACUGCACGAAGAGAAGGAGGUGACGCCGCUGCUGCAGCUGCUGACAUGCCAGCCGCCAGUGAGCGCCGCGGGCGUGCGUUUCGUGAGCACGGGACUGUGUGUCCUGAUCGCCUGUCCUCAGCUCCUCAGCGCUGCCGAGAACGAGCGUCGCGCCUCAGAGUGGAUCAAGUGGCUUGUUAAGGAGGAAAAACAUUUCUCGGGAGCUCUAGGUGAAUGGUCGUCCAGCUUUGGCGCGCUGCUGCUGCUGGUUGCCAUUCAUUUCCACGUCGGGCAGCUGAGCGCCAUCCUGGAGCUGGUGAGCGCCGCGCUCAACAUGCGCGUCACCACCAAGACUGCCAACCUUGCCCGCAUCAGACACAUCGUCACGCAUGAGGUCUUCACUGAGUCUGUGGUAACGUUGAUAGCGUCCAAGGUGUCAGUUACUCGCGGCCUGAAUGCUGCCUUGCCAGGCUUCCUGCCCGUACACUGCGUCUACCACCUCCUCAAGAGCCGCAUGUUCACGCGACACAGAGUCAACAUCAAGAACUGGAUCUACCGGCAAAUAUGUAACAGCCGAGCGCCCAUGCAUCCCGUGCUGCCCUCGCUGGUGGAGGUCUACGUGCGGUCCGUGCUGGGCACCGACGGGCCCGCCCCUGGUCAUCCAACCGCCCUCACCAACGACCCCAUCAGCGAGACGGAGAUUCUGGCCGUCUUUGAGUACUCCUCCUUCAGCAGCGAGACUCAGAAGCGCGCCACGAGCAGCAGGAGCACAAGACCGCGUCUGCGUCAGACCGGCGGACAUCGUCUGUACCUGCGCCAGGGUGGCGGCGCCCCCGACGGCAGGCUCGCUGAUGUUGCUGCAAGAGGCGUCGUGGAGGCCAUGGAGGUCGACGAUCAGAACACCAGCAACAACGAGGCAGUCGGGAAAGUAGAGGUGCGCUGUGUACUGACAUCUCAACUGCUACUACUUUACUACUUGCUGCUGUACGAGGACCUGCGACUCACAGCCCCACAGCAGCAAGUUACUUACUCUGCUACGCUCUUCUCGCAGCUGCCCAUCCGCUACCUCCUCGCCAGGGCUCAACGCGACCAAGCUCUUUAUGGCGGUUUGUACAGCGCUCUGAUCAGACUGCUGGCUCACCACUACCCUCAGCUGUGUCUGGUGGAGGACUGGCUCUACAAGCCACCAGUCGCGCCACCCUCGCUGCUUUCCCCUCGUACGCCCCUCACACCGAGCUCCCUGCAGAGAGCCAUGAGCGAGUGCCGCAGUUCACCAGGGCUGCUGCUGGUGCUGCUGCAGCGCUGCCUUCAGUUGCCGUCACAGCGCCUGUGGAGCGUCGCUGCCGCGCCCCUCACCGCGUCCUUGCAUUACCUGCUGGAGGAGGACGUGCCACGCACCGUGCUCGAUCACUACGUGUUGGUAUGGCGGCGACUCAACGCCAUGUACCCCAGAAGGCUGUGGGCCAUGACGGUGGAAGGGCUGCGCGCUGUCCCGCAUCCUCCUGGCGGUCGACGUCGACCGCUCACUGAAGACGACCUGGUCCUAGACCCUCUCAAUGUCCUGCGAUGUGAUCCUAGGGUCUACAGACGGGCGCCGCUACUGCAGCUGGUGGAGUAUGUGUUGCGAGUUUACCUCCUGUCAUCCCGCACGUUCCUGGCACAACAUCAGCUGAGCACAGCUGCUGCAGCUGCAGAAGCGGCAGCAGCAGCUGCAGCAGGGGGAUCACUCGCCCUGGUCGCGCCCUUUGAAGAGGAGCGCGACAAGCUACGCAACGCCCUCAUCCUCACGCAGGAGAGCGCCGCCGUCCAGAUCCUGCUCGAGUCUAUUCUUCCUGACGCCAGCCAGGGGGACGGGCCUAGCAGUCCUGGGUCGUUGCUGGCGCUGCAGGAGGUUCAGUCCGUGGUCUUCAGUUAUCUGCAUCAAGCCUUUAUCAAAGACACGACACUGGCCAAGCUCGUACACUUCCAGGGCUACCCACGUGAGCUAAUUGGUCCUGUAGUGCAAGGCGUGCCAUCUAUGCACGUGGCUGUUGGCCUCAACUGGAUUCCUGAACUGCUACAGCUGCCACAGCAGCAACACCGGCAGCGAUGCAGCGUGCAGCUGCAGCUCUUCACGCUGCAUCUCACCGCCCAACUUGCUCUACAGAACGCCAUGCCGUCCACCCUUAGCAUCGCCAGGCUUGCUGUCAAUGUCGUCACAACACUCAUCGGAGUGCUGGCGUGUGAGGACCGAGUGCUGCUGGUGAGAGGCUCGCUGGUGCCCCUGGUGACGCUGGGGCGGGUGUUCCCCUGCCUCCUGCAGGACGUGACGCAGCUGCUCUGUACGGGCGCCAGACUCACGCGCGCGCACGCUGCUAUCCUGCCGGCACCUGCACCUCUGCUCUAUGGCGCGUGCGCGUCCGAUGGUGUAGAUGGAGCAGGAGCAUCCAGCGACGGUUUACCUGCAUUUGGUGCAGAGAACAAACAGGAGAAACUCGGGGAAACUGAACUGAAGGCUGAGGCGGCACAGAGCUCGGACAACAGGGCGGCAAGUCACGUCAACAAGUUUGCUGAAGAAGAUGCUAUUGUCGUGGAAGUCACGCAAGCGUUCAGACGACUUGUUGUUGAGUCGUCGAUGCGACUCAAGAUCUACUAAGUCAAUUGUACCUUUUUUAUUACGAAGUUUCUGCAGUGUGAAGGGUGAAUGUGUCAUUUUAUUCUUGCCUUGUUAACUUCAAGAAUCUCUUGUCGCAGUGUGAAAGGUGAAUGCUUACUUCAAUUAUUUCCUUCAAUAAUCCGUUUUCUCGGCACGAAAAGUAAAAUUGAGUAGAGUAUAAUUACUCACGUUCAUUUGGUUUGGUAUUUCAAAGUGGACCUAAAUGAAUAGCCGUGUUAUUCUGUAAAUGCCGAUCUAACUAACCUAGAGCGUUUUUAUGUGCCUCGUCACGAAUCUUUGCGUUAAUUUCGUCGUUAAAUGUAAUGUAGAACCCUUCAAGCAGCUGCCUCUAAUGAGCUAGAUGCUGAUGUCAUUCAGUGAAAAGAAUCUUACAUCAUACUUGGUUCUUCUAGGCUGGUGAGUGUCAAGAAUUGUUGUUAUAAGAAUAGGAUAUCAGGUUUUAGAUCGAAGUCGAAAUUCUUCACCGGUUUGGCAAUAAAACGCUUUAUAAACCGUUAUGACAGGGAAAAAUAUAUAAUGCAACUGUAGAUAAUGUUUUCCCACGUUUGUGGUUGGAAUGAACCCGUUGCUUGGGUCUACAUCUACAGGUAGAAAUGACACGUUCAAUUUUGUUCAACUGAACGCCCGCUAAUGCACGAUGCCCGAAUCUUUGCUUUACGAUUCGAAAUGUACAUACCCGGAUAUGAUCCCUAUUAUUUGGACGUUAGUUUGUGAUACAUCUCGAAUAUUUUAUGUUAUCUGUUCACAACCUAACAGUAGAAGAACGCCGCAGAAUUUCGUGUGGAUCUUUUCCUUAAAUUGUAAGAUGCUGUCUCUUAUGUGACUCGAGUUAUGAAAUGUUGGAGAAAUCUCAAUUACGCAGCUCAUUUGAACAAUCCAAUUUUUUCAACAACAUGUUCUUACCCACAUUGCGGUCAUGGAAGUGAAGUAAACUGGCCUAGCCUCAAUUUGCCUUGUAGCUAAUUAUGUGAUGGGUAUGAAUGAAUUUGCUUUCAUGCAAGCUCAUUUUAGCUUGUCUGCGAAUGUCAUUGUUGUGAAUAUUAUUUUAAAUACAUUUUCUGCUAAUA